AUGGCCUCUGGAAAGGAAUCUAAGAAGCGCAAGGCCGUCACUCGUGAUGUCGAGCCGGAUACGAGUAUAAUUUCUGGAGACGAGUUGAACAAUCUGGACCUUUCUGACAACGCUAAUGACCUGUCGUCCGACGAAAGCGAUUCUGAGGUUGAAAUUAUCAAUGAGUUUAGCGACGAGGAAGAUAUCGAGUCCGAAAUUGACAGCGAUGAGGUCCCUUCUGAUAUUGAAGACAAACCCAAAAGACGAACUGAAGAUGAAGACAACUUUGAUCAGCCCAAUUACCGAGUCGAGGUAGAUGCCAAUGGAAACGAACGAUACGUGUAUGACGAGAUCAACCCAGAUGACAACUCAGAUUAUUCCGAUGCAGAUGACAACGCAAAUACUAUUGGCAAUAUUCCUCUUACGUUCUACGAUCAAUACCCUCACAUUGGCUAUGAUAUCAACGGAAAGAAGAUCAUGCGUCCCGCCAAGGGCGAGGCAUUGGAUGCUCUGCUAGACAGCAUUGAGGUUCCUAAGGGCUGGACAGGUCUCACCGAUCCUUCUACAGGAAAGCCCCUAGAGCUCAGCCAAGAGGAAUUGGAAUUGCUACGAAAGGUCCAAAUGAACGAGAUCCCCGAGGAAGGUUACAAUCCUUACGAGCCCACCGUCGAAUGGUUCACCAGUAAAGAGGAGAUCAUGCCUCUCAGCGCAGCACCGGAACCGAAACGCCGAUUCGUUCCUUCCAAGCAUGAAGCCAAGCGUGUGAUGAAGAUUGUGCGUGCUAUUCGAGAAGGUCGUAUUCUUCCCUAUAAGCCUCCUGCAGAAGAAGACGAAGCGGAUGACGGUCUCAUUCGCUACGAUAUCUGGGCAGACGAAGCUCCACGACCUGAUCACAUCAUGAACGUCCCCGCGCCCAAAUUACCUCCUCCUGGUUACGAGGAAAGCUAUCACCCACCCCCUGAAUAUCUGCCAGACAAGAAAGAGCGAAAAGCAUGGGAAGAGGCCGAUGAGGAAGAUCGUGAGAAGGAGUACCUGCCGACAGAUUACGCUGCUCUGCGAAAAGUUCCUGGUUAUGAGAGCUUCGUGAAAGAAAAGUUUGAACGUUGUUUGGAUUUAUAUCUUGCUCCUAGGGUUAGGAGAAGUAAACUCAAUAUCGACCCCGAAAGUUUACUGCCUAAGCUACCAAGCCCGGAUGAGCUCAAACCUUUCCCUACCGCAUGUGCAACUCUUUUCAGAGGCCACACUGGUCGUGUACGAUCUGUAUCGAUUGAUCCCACUGGAAAAUGGCUGGCUAGCGGAGGCGAUGACGGAACAGUGCGUGUUUGGGAAAUUCUUACAGGCCGUCAGCUGUGGUUUGCAAAAAUCAGUGAUGAUGAACCUAUUAAUGUCGUUCGCUGGCGUCCCGGUCAAGAUGCCGUCAUACUCUGCAUUGCAUGCGGAGACGAUCUUCACCUUGCCGUCCCUCAGAUCGUCAAUCCGGAACUCGAGAAGGCCAGUCUGGAACUUCUUGAUGCUGGCUGGGGUUAUGCAGCUAACAAGUCUGCCACCAAGAAUGGAGACACAGAAUCAAAAAGUACGCCUACGAAUUGGAUUCGACCAUCGGCGGAGCUGGCAGAGUCUGGAGUGUGUAUCACUAUACCAUUACGCUAUGUUGCCAAGUCCGUUUCAUGGCAUCGCCGUGGUGACUACUUCGUCACCGUCUGCCCCGGAUCUUCUACUCCUGCCCACCAAGCUAUUGCAAUUCAUACAGUCUCAAAACACGUCACCCAAAACCCCUUUAGGCGUCGACUCAAGGGCGGUGGCCCUCCUCAGGCCGCUCAUUUCCAUCCAUCCAAGCCUAUCCUCUUCGUCGCCAAUCAACGCACUAUUCGUGCCUACGAUUUGUCUCGUCAGCUCUUGGUCAAGAUCCUACAACCUGGUGCACGAUGGAUCUCAUCCUUCGAUAUCCACCCACACUCCUCCUCAACUUCCGGCGGAGACAAUCUCAUCGUUGGAUCCUACGAUCGUCGACUGCUAUGGCACGAUGUUGACCUAUCCGCACACCCAUACAAGACCCUCCGUUAUCACAGCAAAGCCAUUCGAGCCGUCAAAUUCCACCCCAGCGGUCGUUACCCCUUGUUCGCUGAUGCAAGUGAUGAUGGCUCUCUACAAAUCUUCCACGGCAGUGUUACCGGUGACAUGCUCAGUAAUGCCACCAUUGUUCCACUUAAGGUAUUGCGCGGUCACAAGAUUACUGGUGAACUUGGUAUCUUGGAUAUCGAUUGGCACCCUACUCAGCCGUGGUGUGUCUCUGCGGGUGCAGAUGGUACAUGUCGUUUGUGGUGCUAA